CAGCUGGUUUGCGCUGGAAUUAGCUGCUCCUCGGCGUUCGCUUGUAGCUGUGGACGUGGUUUCUGUAGUGAUGGGGCCGACUGCGGAGAUCCAUUGGCUGGUGGCUUUGCAAAUUUCAUUCAGUUUGGUCCAAUAGCAGCGAGGGAUCGGGGAGCCGUCGGGAGCUCGCUCUUCAAUCUCUCCUUUUCUUGCAGACCCGUCCCUGUGUCUCAGCACAGAGCUCUUAUUCAGCCCUCGCUGCGCCCUUCCUGCCCCGGCCGCCCGUGCUUUUUUUUUUUCUUCCCGACCAGAAAGGCGAUUUACGCCAGAAACAACGACUUUCUUCCAAACGGCGGUGGUCCUCGCAUUCCUUCGCAAGAGCAAAUCGAGCUGGGAUUCCAGAGAGCCGAGGAGCCUGGGCGAAAAAAUACAUCCCCCGGAGUCACACAGACUCGCCCGCAGGGCUCCCCAGACAAAUCUGCGUGUGCAAAAAGAGCACAUUUCCGGCCGAGGAAGCAUUUCCACGACUAAAGGUAUCUUUUGGACCUACUACCCGGGGCAAAUUGGAAUGGCUGUGAACAUCUCUAUGGACCCCCAAACCUUCUGUUGUAAAGAUGAAAUUAUAUGGAGAGGUUCCCUUGAGACAUUGUCCUAGUGUGGAAUAUAUCAUUCUCAGCCCCCGCGUCUGAUAUUCUUCAAAAGGGACAAAUGUGCUGAGAUGGAAAAUAAAUCGAGAUUUCCAUGGAGGCAUUGUUAGAGGCAUCUUCUUAGAAGGACCAUGUAAUGGCUGACUGCUCUGCCUUGACGUUCUCAUAAGGAAUCCCUUCCCCUGGAGGUGUUGGAUGGUCUCUGCUUCCCUGGAGCAUCCCGCUCGCUGGAAUUGGGUUCCAGGAUUAAGAGAGGGCUGCUCCCUCGCAAUGGCCUGCCAAGACACCUGCUGGGUCUAUUCGUAACCCCGGGCUCUGUCUGCAAGGACUCCGAGAGGCUCCCUGGCAAGCCCGUCGCCUCUGCUGGGUCUUUCACUCCCUGCAAAGCCCUCUCUCUCCACGGGCUCGCGUCCCUGUUUGUGUGCGUGGCGUUGCAUCACCCGGGCCCCUGCGAAUGUGGCAGUGAACAAUGCCGAGCCCCAAGGGACUGGUAUGGCUCCCGUUCUUUACCCCGGUCUGCGUCAUGUUGAACUCCAACGUCUUCCUGUGGAUAACUGCUCUUGCCAUUAAGUUCACGCUCAUCGACAGCCAAGCACAGUAUCCGGUGGUCAAUACAAAUUAUGGCAAAAUCCGGGGCCUAAGAACACCGUUGCCCAAUGAAAUUUUGGGUCCCGUGGAGCAAUACUUGGGGGUCCCUUAUGCUUCGCCUCCCACCGGAGAGAGGCGGUUUCAGCCCCCUGAGCCACCAUCGUCCUGGAUGGGGGUUCGAAAUGCCACGCAGUUUCCUGCUGUCUGUCCCCAGCACCUGGAUGAGAGGUCCUUAUUACAUGACAUGCUGCCCAUCUGGUUCACAGCCAACCUGGAUACUCUGAUGACCUACGUUCAAGAUCAGAACGAAGACUGCCUUUACUUAAACAUCUACGUGCCCACAGAGGACGGAGGCAACACAAAGAAAAACGCAGAUGAUAUAACCAGUAAUGAUCGUGGUGAAGAUGAAGACAUCCAUGAUCAGAACAGUAAGAAGCCGGUGAUGGUGUACAUCCACGGCGGAUCUUACAUGGAGGGUACUGGCAACAUGAUUGAUGGGAGCAUCCUCGCUAGCUACGGGAACGUUAUCGUCAUAACCAUUAACUACCGCCUGGGGAUUCUCGGGUUUUUAAGCACCGGUGACCAGGCGGCAAAAGGCAACUAUGGGCUCCUAGAUCAGAUCCAAGCGUUACGGUGGAUCGAGGAGAAUGUGGGUGCCUUUGGUGGGGACCCCAAGCGAGUGACCAUCUUCGGCUCAGGUGCGGGGGCGUCCUGUGUCAGCCUGUUGACCUUGUCACACUACUCAGAAGGUCUGUUCCAGAAGGCAGUCAUCCAGAGUGGGACCGCCCUGUCCAGCUGGGCAGUGAACUACCAGCCUGCCAAGUACACUCGGAUAUUGGCAGAUAAAGUCGGAUGCAACAUGCUAGAUACCACGGACAUGGUAGAAUGCCUUCGGAAUAAGAACUACAAAGAGCUCAUUCAACAGACCAUCACCCCGGCCACCUACCACAUCUCCUUUGGGCCUGUCAUUGAUGGGGAUGUCAUCCCAGAUGACCCUCAGAUCCUCAUGGAACAGGGGGAGUUCCUCAAUUAUGACAUCAUGCUCGGCGUCAACCAAGGGGAGGGCUUGAAGUUCGUGGACGGCAUCGUGGACAAUGAAGAUGGCGUGACGCCCAACGACUUUGACUUCUCCGUGUCCAACUUUGUGGACAACCUUUAUGGCUAUCCAGAGGGCAAAGACACCUUGCGGGAGACCAUCAAGUUCAUGUACACGGACUGGGCAGAUAAGGAAAACCCCGAAACACGAAGGAAAACCCUGGUAGCUCUGUUUACUGACCACCAGUGGGUGGCCCCCGCUGUGGCCACGGCGGAUCUGCACGCUCAGUACGGUUCUCCCACAUAUUUCUACGCCUUCUACCACCACUGCCAAAGUGAAAUGAAGCCCAGCUGGGCGGACUCGGCCCACGGCGACGAAGUCCCCUACGUCUUCGGGAUCCCCAUGAUUGGCCCCACUGAGCUCUUUAGCUGUAACUUCUCCAAGAACGAUGUCAUGCUCAGCGCAGUGGUCAUGACCUACUGGACGAACUUCGCCAAAACCGGUGAUCCUAACCAACCUGUUCCUCAGGAUACUAAGUUCAUUCAUACAAAACCCAACCGCUUUGAGGAAGUGGCCUGGUCCAAGUAUAACCCCAAAGACCAACUGUAUCUGCACAUUGGCCUGAAACCCAGGGUGAGGGAUCACUACCGAGCUACCAAAGUGGCUUUCUGGCUGGAACUUGUCCCCCACUUGCACAACUUGAAUGAGAUAUUCCAGUACGUCUCAACGACCACCAAGGUCCCUCCUCCCGACAUGACCUCCUUCCCCUAUGGAACCCGGCGGUCUCCUGCCAAGAUCUGGCCCACGACCAAACGUCCGGCAAUCACUCCCGCUAACAGUCCCAAACACUCCAAGGACCCUCAUAAAACAGGGCCCGAGGACACCACCGUCCUCAUCGAAACCAAACGGGACUACUCCACCGAACUGAGUGUCACCAUCGCUGUGGGGGCAUCUCUCCUCUUCCUGAACAUCUUGGCCUUUGCGGCGCUCUACUACAAGAAGGACAAGAGGCGCCACGAGACCCACAGGCGCCCCAGUCCCCAGAGAAACACGACCAACGACAUCGCUCACAUCCAGAACGAAGAGAUCAUGUCCCUGCAGAUGAAGCAGCUGGAGCACGAUCAUGAGUGUGAGUCCCUGCAGGCUCACGACACGCUGAGACUUACCUGCCCUCCAGACUACACCCUCACGCUGCGCCGGUCCCCGGACGACAUCCCACUUAUGACACCAAACACCAUCACCAUGAUUCCAAACACACUCACGGGGAUGCAGCCUUUGCACACGUUCAAUACCUUCAGUGGAGGACAAAACAGUACAAAUUUACCCCACGGACAUUCAACCACUAGAGUAUAGCUUUGCGGUUCCCUUCCCUCCCCUCUCCUCCCCCCCUCCACCACAUCUGAGAAAGUAAGAGAGAAACGACAUCUCCACACAAGGAAUGUGUUUCAUCCCACUGACUUUGGACAGAAAAACAAAAACAAAAAACAAA